AUCCCCUCCUUCUUAACACCGCAGCCAAGGCUCUCGUGUUCACAUCGCGCUCCCUGCCUACCUACCUACCUCUCAGGCUUUGUUUUGGAUUUCUUCACUGGGCCCCUACUGGAGAAUUUAACCUGUGUGCACCCCGACAAAUUGACUUUUCUUUCCUUUUUCUUUCUUUUUUUUUUCUAAACCCGUGCCUUGUUGUUAUCGAUGGCGGAGGGUGUGCGCCCUGAGGACUACUGCGACGAGCCGGUGGAGGAUGAGUUUGGAGAGAUCAUCAAGUGUCGAUCUGAUGAAAGAGAAGACGUUCAGAAGAAGACUUUCACAAAAUGGGUAAACUCACAGUUGGCUAAGACAGGGAAACCGCCUGUGGAGGAUCUGUUCUCGGACCUGUGCGAUGGACGACGUCUUCUAGAGCUGCUGGAGGGACUGACGGGACAUGCGUUGGUGAGGUUGGAGAGAGGCAUCACGCGCGUUCACUCGCUCAACAAUGUCAACCGUGCUCUGCAGAUCUUGCAGAAGAACAAUGUUGAACUGGUGAAUAUCGGAGCAGCCGACAUCGUUGAUGGGAACCACAAACUCAUUCUCGGGCUCAUCUGGAGCAUCAUUCUCCAUUGGCAGGUAAAGGAUGUAAUGAAAGAUGUGAUGGCGGGCCUGCAGCAGACCAACAGUGAGAAGAUUCUGCUGAGCUGGGUUCGUCAGAACACACGGCAGUAUCCUCAGGUCAACGUGGUUAACUUCUCCAGUAGCUGGAAUGAUGGAUUGGCCUUCAAUGCCCUCAUCCACAGCCACAGGCCUGAGCUAUUCGACUGGAGCUCAUUGGUGAAGAAGGCAUCGCCGAUCGACAGACUGGAACACGCCUUUAAUAAGGCAGAACAACACUUGGGGAUUGAGAGGCUGCUGGACCCUGAGGAUGUGGCGGUGCCUCACCCGGACAAGAAGAGCGUCAUCAUGUACGUGACAUCGCUCUUCCAGGUGCUUCCCCAAAGCAUUUCCAUGGAGGCCAUCCAGGAGGUGGAGACACUGCCGCGGGCGACCCCGGCAGCUGUCGCCCGGGUGACGACGGAGGAGCACUACCAGAUCCAGACCCAGCAGCGCUUCUCCCAGCAGAUCACAGUGAAUGUGGCUCAGGGGCGAGUGCAGAGCCCCUCCUCACAGCCUCGCUAUAAAAGCUAUGCCUACACCCAGGCUGCAUAUGUCAAGUCGCCCGAGCAAAAGAGGAGGCGUUUUACUCAUCAGUUCCUGAGUCUUGGCCAGGAGGAGCUGCAGCGAGCUCUGAGCCCUCUGCCGCCCGGCUCCACCAGUCUGGAGAGCUAUCAGGCUGCGCUGGAAGAGGUGCUGACGUGGCUGCUGUCGGCUGAAGACGGACUCCAUUCCCAGCCUCCAAUCUCCAGCCAUGUGGAGGAGGUGAAGGAGCAGUUCCACACUCACGAGGGCUACAUGGUGGAGCUGACCACCCACCAGGGCAGUGUGGGGCGGGUCCUCCGGGCUGGCGCUGCCCUGCUGGGGGAGGGAAACCUGAGCGACGAGGAGGAUUCGGAAGUCAGGGAGCAGAUGAACCUCCUGAACUCCCGGUGGGAGCACCUAAGGGUGGCUAGCAUGGAGAGACAGAGCCGGCUCCACGAGGUCCUCAUGGACCUGCAGCACCAGCAGCUGCAGCAGCUCACCGAGUGGUUGGACGUGACAGAGGCCCGCAUCAAGAGGAUGGGGGCUCAGCCGCUGGGUCCCGACCUGGAGGACGUCAAGCACCAAGUGGAGGAGCACAAGCUCUUGCAGGAGGACCUGGAGCUGGAGCAGGUGAGGGUGAACUCCCUGACCCACAUGGUGGUGGUGGUGGAUGAGAACAGCGGAGACAGCGCCACCGCCGCCUUGGAGAGCAAACUUCAGGUGCUUGGCGAUCGCUGGGCAGCCAUUUGCAGGUGGACAGAAGACCGUUGGAUUCUGCUUCAGGAGAUCCUCCUGAAAUGGCAGCACUUCACUAACGAACAGUGUCUAUUUGACUCCUGGCUGACUCAGAAGGAGGAGCUUGUUCGCUCCAUUAAGACAUCCAAUCUGAAAGACCAGGUUGAGAUGGUGGCCUGUCUGCGUCGUCUUGCUGCGGUAAAGGCAGACCUGGAGGUGAAGCGUCCCGCAAUGGACAAGCUGUGUUCUAUGAGCCAGGACCUGCUGUCCAGUGUUAAGAACAAAGAUGUGGCCAGUAAACUAGAGGCCAGGCUGGACAGUUUUGCCCAGCGCUGGGACCGACUCAUCCAGAGCCUGGAGAUGAGCAGCUCGCAGCUGUCCACCACCACCACCACCGUGGCCCAGCAGCAGUCCGAGCUGACCCACUCCGUCAUGGCGACCGUCACCAAGGUUACGACGAGGGAGAAGGUGUCGGCCGCGAGGCAGACCAGAGAGUCGCCGACGCCGCCGCAGAAGAAGAGACAAGCGGUGGUGGACUCCGAGCUCAGGAAGAGUUACAUGCACCCGUUUAUGCUGUCUUAUCUCAGCAGGUUCGACGUCGACUUCACAGAGGUGCACAGCUACAUGACCCGCGGCGAGGCCAUCCUGCAGAGCCCCGAGUUUUCGGUGUCCCGCAAGGACGGCAGCGUCCAGGAGCUGUACGACAAAGUGCAGGCGAUAGAGAGAGAGCGACCGGAGAAGUACCGAAAGCUCCAGGAGGCAACCCGCACAGCGCAGACCCUGGUCGAGCAGGAGGGAAGUCGUGCUGAUGACAUUGCCCAGGCAGCGGAGCAGCUGAACCAGCGCUGGGUGGGAUUCUGUGCCUUGCUGGCAGAGAGGUUGGCAUGGCUGGCUUACCAGACAAAGGUGCUGGCUUUCUACAACUUGUUCGAGCAGUGCGAGCAGGCGGUGGACACCAGCGAGAACUGGCUCAAGGUCCAGGCGCCUCCUGCGUCCGAACCGGAGCCGCUCAAGAUACAGCUGGACCGAUGCCGGCACUUUUCUGAGGAGGUGGCUCGUCUGGCCUCCCUGCAGCCCCAGGUGGACGUCCUGGAGAAGCGGCUGAACGAGCUGAAGGGCGAGAAGGAAGGCGAUGAGGGCGCCCCCGCUUUCCUGGACGCCGACAUCGACGCCUUCAAGGAGCACUACCACAAGGUCCUCGAGGAUCUCAGGGCAAGAGAAAGGCAGCUGACACUGGUUUUGGAGAGCCUGCCCCCGGCUCGUUACAAAGAGACUAUAUCAACGCUGCUGGCAUGGUUACAGCAGUGCGAGGCCAAGCUGGCCAUCCCAUCAACGGCUGUUACUGAGUAUCAUAUUAUGGAACAGAGAAUGAAGGACGUUCAGGCUCUCCAGGUGGCUCUGGCUGAACACCAGGGCGAGGUGGACUACCUGACCUCAGCUGUAGAGCAGGUCUUCCAGAAAGCUCCGCCAGACAUUUGCCAGAAGUAUCGCACAGAGAUGGAAAACGUCAUGGCACGCUGGAGACGACUGGGCUCCAUGCUGACCGAGAACGCCCAGAGAAUCCAGGAGCUCAUGGCCAAGCUGAUGCAGUUUGAGAAUGAUGUAAAGACUUUAAAGAAGUGGAUGGCAGAUGUGGACGUCUUCCUGAAUGAGGAGUGGCCAGCACUGGGAGACUCCGAAGCCCUGGAGAAACAGUUAGAGCAGUGCACGGCUCUAGUGAAUGACAUCCACACCAUCCAACCAAGCGUCAAUGGGAUCAAUGAAGUAGGGCUGUACUUGAAGAAAGAGGCCGAGCCACCUUACGCCGUCCACAUCCAGAAAGAACUAGAUGAGCUCAAUGCCCAGUGGGAGAAUGUCUGCAAACAGGCCUACGCGAAGAAGUCCGCUCUGAAAGGCGGCCUCGACAAGACGAUGGCUCUGAGGAAGGAGAUGCAGGAGAUGCAGGAGUGGAUCAACCAGGCGGAGGAAGACUACCUGGAGAGAGACUUCACGUAUAAGACACCCGAGGAGCUGCGCAAGGCCGUGGAGGAGCUCAAGAGGGCCCAGGAGGAGGUCCACUCCAAGGAGCUAAAGGUCAAGCUCCUCACAGAUAGCGUGAACAGUUUCAUCGCCAAGGCCCCACCGACGGCCCACGAUGCUUUGCGCUCAGAGCUGGACAUACUGACAGCCAACUACCAGCGCCUGUGCAGCCGUCUGGAUGGGAAAUGUAAAACUCUCGAGGAAGUGUGGGCUUGUUGGUGUGAGUUGCUGUCCUACCUGGAGCAGGAGAAUGCCUUCCUGGACCAGCUGGAGCAGAAACUGGAUGAGACGGACAACUUGCAAGGGGGAGCAGAGGAGCUGCAGGAGGCGCUGGAUAGCAUAGAGGUUCUUUUGCAACACCCAGAAGACAACAGAAACCAGAUUCGAGAGCUGGCCCAAACACUGAUGGACGGAGGUGUUCUGGAUGAAUUGAUUCAACAAAAGCUGGACGCUUUCAAUACCCGCUGGGAUGAACUUAUGGCUAGGGCGGCUCUAAGGAGGAAGGAGCUGGAGAAAAGUGUCCAGUGGGCCCAGGAGAAUGACAAGACGCUCAGGCAGAUCCAGGAGUCGCUGGCCAACACUGAUCGGCACCUCACCGCGUACCUGGCUGACCACAUUGACGCUCAGCAGAUACAGCAGGAGGCUCAGAAAAUCCAGACGGAGCUCAGCGGCCAUGAAGUCACCCUGGAGGACAUGAGGAAGAAGAACCAGGACAAAGACCCUUCCCACAGGAUCAUGGGGCAGAUAGACCUCACUCAGAAAAUGCUGGCAGACGUGUGGACCAAGUUCCGGCUCUUCCAAAAGCCGGCCAACUUUGACUCUCGGCUGGCCGAGUGCGAGCGAGCUCUGGCCGCGGUCAAGAGUCAGGUGGGGGUGCUGGACAUCCGCAGUGUGGAGCAGGACGUGGUUCAGUCGCAGCUGGAGCAGUGCAUGAAAUUGUACAAAGCGUUAAGUGAAGUUAAAGGGGAGGUGGAGACGGUGAUUAAAACGGGCAGACAGAUCGUCCAGAAGCAGCAGACUGAGCACCCCAAAGAGAUGGACGACAGAAUAACCGCCCUGAAGCUGCUCUACAACCAACUGGGAGCGCAGGUGACGGAGAGCAAACUGGAGCUGGAGAAGAGUCUGAAGUUGUCGAGGAAGCUGAGGAAGGAGCUGAACGGGCUGACGGAGUGGCUUGCUGCCACUGAUGCCGAGCUGACCCGACGCUCGGCUGUGGACGGCAUGCCCAGCGACCUGGAGGCUGAGGUUGCGUGGGCGCAGUCCGUCCACGGGGAGACGGAGAAGCGCCAGCCGCAGUUGCAGUCAGUGGUGGACCUCGCCGAGGCCCUCAAGGCAGUGCUGCGGGGCCACGGCGGGCUGGUGGACGACAAAGUCAGCCUGCUGCGCUGCAACUGGAUCGCGGUCACGUCCAGAGCGGAGGAGUGGCUCAACCUGCUGCUGGACUACCAGCGGCAGAUGCAGAAGUUAGAUGGGGAGAUAGAGGAAGUGAACGGAUGGAUCGACGGAGCAAAUAAGAAGAUGGAUGAGAUUGAUAGGCAGGGACCCAACGACGCUGUGCUUAAGGUGUUGCGCGCAGAGCUGGAGCUGACCAGAGGCAAGAUGGAGGAGGUGAGGAGCCUCGCCCAUGAGCUCAUGUCCACUAGGGGUGAGAACUGCCAGGCCCAGGUGGGACCCAAGGUGGAGCACCUCAACCAGAAGUUUGAUGCCGUCGCUCAGCGCGUCACCUCCGGACUGACGGCGGCAUCAGCCAAGGAGCUGGAGCAGUAUCACAGCGAAGCGCAGGUCUGGCUGGAGCUCCUGGAGGAGGAGGCGAAACAGGGGGAAAACCUGACGGAGGAGGACUUCCAGGAGAACAAGGACUGUGAAGAAGGUGCGGUGAAGGAGCUACUGUUGAAAGGAGAGAAUUUGCAGAAGAGAGCCCCGGAUCAGGACAAGAGAGAGCAAAUUCGACUGAAAAACAACCAGCUCAACAGCAAGUACAACAUUGUCAAGGACCUACGAGUGCAAAGAAACAGGAAAGCGCUGGCCAUCGCUCCCCAGUGGUACCAGUACAGGAGGAAGUCACAUGACCUGCUGGCCUGGCUGGAUGACAUUCAGCGCAGUGUGGACCAACUGCCCGACCCCCCCGAAGGAGAGAGGGUCAAGGAAAUUGGCUCAGAGUUCGACAAGAAGAAGGAGGAGCUUAAGGAGGUGCAGGGCUUAGCCAAUCAGCUGUCAGAGGCUGGAGCCGCCAAUCUAGUGGAGCCCCGCCAACUCCAGCUCAACACACGCUGGGUUGAGGUGGAGGGCAAGUUCAUACCCUUCAAAAGACAAUGUGAGUACCUAACAGAGCUGCAGGCGCUGCUGCGUUCGGUGUCAGAGACAGACUUCAAGCUGAACUCUCCUGAAUACUGGCCUGCGGCGUAUUAUAACCUGCCCCAGCAAGAUCUCUGCCUGAAGGAGGUGAAGGGAAAUGCUGAGAAGCUGCGAGGCCCAGUGGAAGGAGCGCUGGCUCGCAGGGAGGAGAUGGUGAAGGGAGCUCGGCCUGUAGAGGGCCAGAGGAUCCAGGAGACUGCCACCCUCCUGAACACCAACUGGGACAAACUCAACAAGCUAUACCAGGACCGACUGAAGCGUUGGCAGGAUUGCAACUCCAAGUGGCAGAAGUUUGUUUCAGAUCGGAGGGCACUGGAGGAGUGGCUGAGCGAUGCCGAGAGCACUUUGAAGCUGGCCGAGAGUGAUCCAGCGGCUCACAGACAGCACCUCAGGGAUCUGACCGAGGCCAUACCCGUCCAGGAAGCGUUGCUGGGCAGAGUGAACUCCGCAGGGGAGGACAUCAGCCAGUUGAGCACACCGGACGAUGCCUCGCAACUCCGAGCGCAGCUCAAACUGCUUAACACUCGCUGGACCGGCGUCUGCGAACAGCUUGGCGAACGCAAGAGGAGAUCCACGGAGGCACAUACGGCGGCUGCCGAGCUGCAGGAAGACAUGGGCUCGAUGCUGGGCUGGCUGGAAAGGGCGGAGGGUGUCCUCGCCAUCCCUCUGCAACCUGCAGAGCCACAGCACAUCAGAGCCACGUUAACCAAAGUCCAGGCACAUGUUGAGGAGCUUCCCGGCAAGAAGGCAGCAGUUGAAGAUCUGAACUCCAGGCACAAACAGAUAACACCUGGUGACAAGCAGAAAGACAUCAGGAUCAUCAACGCUCGCUGGUCUCAGGUGUCCAGGGCUCUGCCUGAGCGUCAGCUGGAAAUUGAAGGUCUGCUAAAGGAGUUGGAGAUGCUUCAGGGUAAGGUGAAUGACCUGUCAGCCUGGGCAUCCAGCACCAGAGCCAAUCUAGAGCACGGCCCCAAGGAGCCACCACCAAGGCUAAUCGAGGAAGUGGAAGCCAAGAGGCCCGAGGUGGAGUCGGUUUUGGAGCAAGCCAGUCAGCUGUAUAAAGAAACUCCACCUGGCCAAAUGGACAAGGUGAAAUACUGCAAGCUGAGGGAAGACUGGACGGUGAUCUUGGAGCUGUUGCAGCAGCAUAAGGAGAGGAUGGCAGCUCUGCUAGUGGCCAAAAAAGCCAAUGAAAGCCUGACAGGAAGCUCCAUGCCUGAGUCCACAGCGGUGGCUCAGUUCAACAAGUCCUGGGCCGAGCUCACUGAUUGGCUGACCAUGCUGGAUAACAUGGUGCAGAACAAGCGAGUGGUGGUGGCAGAUCUGGAGGACAUCGACGACAACAUCAACCAUCUCAAGGCAUGUCUGCAGGAGCUGGACCAGCGGCGCCCCUUCCUAGAGAAACAGGUCACAGCAGCCCAGAACCUUAAAAACAAAACCAGCAACCAGGAGACCCGCAAUGCCAUCACUGAACGCAUGGACAGGCUUCAGACCCACUGGGAAGACUCUCAGACCAAACUCUCCGACAGGAUGAAGCAGCUCCACAACAUGGCGCAGGACUCUACCGACUGGUUGAACGCCAAGAACGGGGCGGAUCAAGUCAUCAAGCGGGCCAGUGAGAGGCUGGAGUCGUGGCAGGAGAUCACAUACACAGCGGACGGCCUCAAGAGACAAAACGCCGAGCUGAAGCUCUUUCUGAAGGAGCUGCAGCAGUCACAGGGACAGGUGGACGAAGCCAACGCGCUAGCCAACAAGCUUCUGACGCUCUAUUCUAACGAUGACACGCACAAGGUCCACCACGUCAACGACAAUAUGGUGGCCACCUGGACACACAUCAAACAACGGGUGUCUGACAGGGAGGUAGCUCUGGAGGCCGCUCUGAAGCUGCUGCAGCAGUUCUACCUCGACCUGGAAAAGUUCCUCAAUUGGCUGACGGAGGCCGAGACGACCUGCAAUGUUUUAAUAGAUGCCACCAACAAGGAAAGACUGCAGGAGCAGCCCGAGGCAGCCAGGAACCUGCUGGCACAGUGGAAGGAUCUCCAAGCCGAAAUUGACAACCACACCGAGUUGUAUCAUUCCCUGGACGAGAACGGCCAGAGGAUUCUGACCUCGCUGGGGGACUCGGAGGACGGCACUCUGCUCCAGAGACGCCUGGAUAACAUGAGCCAGCGCUGGAAUGACCUGCGCAACAAGACCCUGAGCAUGAGGGCUCAACUGGACUCGGAGAUGAGCCCCUGGAAGAGGCUCCACAUGUCGCUCCAAGAGCUGCUGAACUGGCUCAGGCUGAAGAGUCAACAGCUGGAGAAGGAGCCGCCUGUAGGGGGCGAUGUCCCCGCUGUGCAGACCCAGUUGGACACACACCGGGGCUUCAGGAGAGACUUGAGAGCCAAGGAGCCGGCUGUCACCAAGGCUCUGAAUGAUGUCGGAGUCUUUCUUUCCGAACUGCCCCGGGAUGUGCCGUCACCUGAGCAGAGAGAUAUCAGCCCGGAGGAACGUGCCCAGAACGUCGGGCGAGUCUUGCGCAAGGAAGCGGACGACGUGAUGAGCAAGUGGGACCGGCUCAACGCGGAUUCCGCCAACUGGCAGAAGCGGCUGGAGCUGGCUUUGGACCGGCUGAUGGAACUCCAGGAGGCGGAGGACCUGCUCGACGGACAGCUGAGGCAGGCGGAGAUGGUGAAGGACGCGUGGGAGCCGGUGGGAGACCUGCUGAUCGAGUCGCUGCCGGAGCACAUCGAAAGAGUCAAGGAGUUCCAAGACGAGAUCGCUCCAAUUGAGGACGACGUGACGCUCAUGAACCAGUUGGCGUCCACUUUCGGUCCGCCGGAUAUCCAGCUGUCACCUAGCAACCUGGAACGCAUCAAGGAUCUCAACACCCGCUGGAAGCUGCUCCAGGUCUCCAUCAAAGAGCAUCUGAAGCAACUGACAGAUGCUCACAGGGACUUUGGCCUACUGCCUGGAUCCGUGGAGCGUCCCUUCGAGCUGGGAAUCUCCCCAAACAACGUGCCCUACUACAUCAAAGAAAAGGCUGGACCUGACCUGACGGCGGACACACUCCACCAGACCCAGACAACAUGCUGGGACCAUCCCAAGAUGGCCGAGCUCUACCAAUCUCUAGCCGACCUCAAUAACGUUCGGUUUUCGGCCUACCGUACAGCCAUGAAGCUUAGACGCCUGCAGAAGGCUCUCUGUUUGGACCUGGUGAGCAUGCCAAUGGCGUGCGAGGUGUUCGAGCAGCACGGCCUGAAGCAGAACGAACAGCUGCUGGACAUCUCCCAGCUGGUGGCCUGUCUGACGAGCCUGUACCAACGGCUGGAGCAAGGCCACUCCCACCUGGUCAACGUCCCGCUCUGCGUUGACAUGAGCCUCAACUGGCUGCUCAACGUCUACGACACUGGUCGCACAGGAAAGAUCCGGACUUUGUCAUUCAAAACGGGUGUCAUCUCUCUCUGCAAGGCUCACUUGGAGGAUAAAUACAGAUUCUUGUUUCGACAAGUUGCCAGCGCGACGGGCUUCUGUGACCAGCGUCGCCUGGGCCUCCUCCUCCACGACUCCAUCCAGAUCCCCCGACAGCUCGGCGAGGUCGCCUCCUUUGGCGGCUCCAACAUCGAGCCCUCCGUCCGCAGUUGCUUCCAGUUUGCCAAUAACAAACCCGAGCUCGAAGCUGCCAUGUUCCUGGACUGGAUGCGUCUGGAGCCCCAGUCUAUGGUGUGGCUGCCCGUCCUGCACCGCGUCGCCGCCGCGGAGACUGCCAAGCACCAGGCCAAGUGCAACAUCUGCAAGGAGUGUCCCAUCAUAGGGUUCAGAUAUCGGAGCCUAAAACAUUUCAACUAUGACAUUUGCCAAAGCUGCUUCUUCUCCGGUCGCGUCGCCAAGGGACACAAGAUGCAGUACCCCAUGGUCGAAUACUGCACUCCGACUACAUCAGGGGAGGAUGUCAGGGACUUUGCCAAGGUGCUGAAGAACAAGUUCAGGACCAAGCGCUACUUCGCCAAACACCCACGCAUGGGCUACCUGCCUGUCCAGACCAUCCUGGAAGGAGACAACAUGGAAACUCCUAUCACUCUGAUCAACUUCUGGCCCGUAGACCAUGCGCCUGGCUCAUCCCCACAGCUUUCACACGACGACACGCACACUCGGAUUGAACACUAUGCCAGCCGGUUAGCGGAAAUGGAGAAUCGUAACGGCUCUUAUCUGAAUGACAGUAUCUCACCCAAUGAGAGCAUCGAUGACGAGCACAUGUUGAUCCAGCACUACUGCCAGUCUCUGAACCAAGGCUCUCCUCUCAGCCAGCCCCGCAGCCCCGCCCAGAUCCUCAUCUCCAUGGAGACGGAGGAGAAGGGAGAGCUGGAGAGGGUCCUCAAUGACCUGGAGCAGGAGAACAGGAAGCUUCAAGCCGAGUACGACCGCCUGAAAAAGGCCCACGACAGGAAGGGUCUGUCCCCGCUGCCGUCGCCGCCCGAGAUGCUCCCGGUGUCGCCGCAGAGUGCGCGUGACGCCGAGCUCAUCGCCGAGGCCAAGCUCCUCCGGCAGCACAAAGGGCGCCUGGAGGCCCGCAUGCAGAUCCUGGAGGAUCACAACAAACAGCUGGAGUCCCAACUGCACAGGCUGAGACAGCUGCUGGAGCAGACGGAUUCCAAGGUGAACGGCACAGCCCUGUCGUCUCCCUCCACCUCCUCCCAGCGGUCCGACUCCUCCCUCCCCCUGCUCCGCGUGGCUGCCAGCCAGACUACUGAUACAAUGGGUGAUGACGAGCUGUUCAGCCACUCCCAAGACGCAUCUGGCCUGGAGGAAGUGAUGGAGCAACUCAACAAUUCCUUCCCCCAUAGCCAGGGUCCCUGCAUCGGCAGUUUGUUCCACAUGGCCGACGAUCUGGGCCGCGCCAUGGAGUCACUGGUCAGCGUGAUGACGGACGAGCAUGUGCCGAACAGCACGAGGCCCUUCUGCCCUUCUGAUCCCGCCUUCUAACCCCACCUCCCCCCCUCCCCAUCCCCCCUUUCCCUCCCACUUUCCGUCCCAACCUAUCGCAUGCUUUUUCUAGUCAAAACAACUGGAUUGGAAACAGUUUACAAAGAGAAUACAUAACGUCUAUUUUUGUGAAGGAUUGCAGUUCCAGCAACGGUGCGUUUGAAAAACAACAACGAGAAAAAAAAAAGAUAACAUACUUGUAGAUUUCAGUAGUUUCUUAAAGCGUCCUGAAGUUGUUUUAUUAACAGAGGCUGGUUUUUAAACUUCUAUGCAAUUGUAUAAAACGAGUUGGGUACUUGGGGGGAUUUAGUGGGUGGGCGGGGGCGGGGGGGACACAGAGAAAGAUGAGAUACAAAUACGUGUGUUAAGUGUGGUCGUAUAUUUGCCAUCUCUUUGUAAUUGGGGACACGGCUAAAGCAUUUCAGACAUUUGUAUCCAAAAACAAAAAAAAGAAAAACGAAAAAAAGAGAUGAUUGUAAUCAUAAGGGUGCUUUCUAAGAGGAAAAUGUCUUUCUAUAACAGCGUACACUACUGUCAAGGUAAUGCAGGCAUCCUGGAUCUUUACAGUACGUUGUCUGCGAGCCUGAGUGUGUGUUUGUGUAUGCGUGAGUGUGUGUGUGUGUGUGUGUGUGUGUGUGUGGUGCCUAAUUUCCAUAUUUACAUUACAGGGUUUCAAUUAUAUUUGACUUCAUCCACUCAUUAUUUCCGUUCCUGUUAUUCGCCUCUCUAUGCGUCGGCAGUUUUUAUGACUGCAUUUCUUCGCAGCGCGGUGUGCUGUGUUUGCCGAGGCGUUGCUCGCAACUCGAAAACUUUUUCCCUUUUUAAAUCGGACGCAAAUUUCAAGGCUAAGGUUGUAGCUGCACAGCGAAACAAAGGCUGGAGGCGUUUUUUAAAAAGAAAUGGUCCGAGUCUGACUGCCUGACUGUCCGGCAUUUCCCUUUUCUGUUGCAAUUUUCAGUUUUCAGUAGACCCUCCCUGCUGUGUCUGGGAAUGUCUCAGGUGUAUCCAGAUAACGCUGGAACAAAGGCAACUGGUCUUUCUUGAAGACGUUUCCCCACUCAUCCAUGUAGCCUCUUUAGUUCUAAAAGUGGGGAGUUUGGGUUUAAGCAGAAACAUGUAGGGAUGUUACCUAGCAGAAACUCGCUUGACUAAUGUCUGUUUAGUUUGAGGGUUAAGGUUAGAGUUAGGGUUCUCCAAUUAUCGGUACGAUGACAACCCAUUAUCUGUCAGAGGUUCCGGUCUCAAUAUGUGAACUCCCCAGCAGUUUAAAACUGAACCUUACUUGGCGAAACGUCUUCAAGGAACCCUACGGCCCUGUUCAAACCUUGCAUUAAGAUCCAAUCCAAUCCCGUAAAAAAACGGAUGUGGACAACCCUAGGAUCCAUUUGAGAGAUCCGACUGACCUCAUUUGGAGGUUCACACGUCCUCUUGUAGUGUGACCGCAAUGCGUCCUGCAUCAAAGACUGCCGGGGUGCUCCUGGUUCAGCAGAGUUUUCCCUCAUCCAGAAAAAGAAACAACCAUUACUGGAAAUGAAUGCCCAUAGAGGAAAAUCUGGAUUUUCUGUGCACAUCUUUUUGCUACAACCUUAGCUCCGUACCAUCUGUUUAUUAAAUUUCAACUGCCAGAUUUCCGCGAUACGUCCCAAUUGUUGCACUGAAACGCGUAUAGCGAGCGAUUUUAUUUACACGUCUAUCCAUGAGAUGCUCUGUUGAGCCUUUUGAGUGCACACAGUACACCGUGCAUCAGUUUUUAUUUUCCCCCCCUGUCAGCAAUACUGUAAUAGGAAGAAUGUUAUUUUAAUUAGAAUCUGAGCACAGUGUGAUAAAGGCUGCUAUUUUGAGAUAUGUGUUAAGGAAUUCUUCUGUUUGAAUGGUUACAACCAAGAAAUAUUUUCAUUUCAAAGCGGUCCGGUAAUGUAAGCUCUACCUCGUGGGGAUGUUCAGAAGUUCCGAGGCGGUUUCUCUACUGUACUCAGUCUCCUCUCAGAUUAUGAAUUGAUUAUUGGUGGCUGAUUGGACGCGUUGCUGCACUGUAGGAGCCUCCGGGCUGAAUGUUUCUAAUGCAUUCGCUGCAUUUCUCAAGUCUGUCAGAAAAAAAAAAGAAAAAAAAAAUGAAAUCUGAUGAAUCCAUGUGCACUACUGUCAAAUCUGGUGGGACAUACUAGAUCUUUGUUUUUCUGUGUGGAGGGAGCGUUCAUUCUAGUAGGGUGUUACAUUGUUGGUUGAGAAACAAAAAAAAAGCAGUUUGGUUUUGUUGCUGUGUGAUACUAAGCAUGUGUGACUAAAUGAAUCCAUCCUUAUUUAAUGUAUAACCACUCAGAGAAGUCCGCGACAAAAGUCGCGCCCAGCGUUGCAUCGGGUUCUUGCAGCAUGAUCCAAGAGGUUCCAAGUAAAAUGGAAUUAUUUGUUGUUGUUUUUUUUUUUCUUCGUUUCUAACGUUUGUGUUUCAUUCUCACGUCAUUUAUUUUUCAAAUAAUGCAUCAAUACUUCACAACAUAUCAGAAUCCACCAAAUAUAUGCCUUACUACUGUAUUAUAAAAUGCUUUACUGUAUAUCAAUAAAGCACGCAGUUAUGUUGA